AUGAAAGGGCACGUUCGCCACAAUCAAACUCACUCGUCAGCAAAAAUGCUAGUGCUUUACGAGAUCCUCAACGUGCCUGUCAACGCCGGUGGCUUCGACAUCAGCCAGGCCUAUCGCACACGAUGCUUGCAACUCAUCAAGCUUCUGGGCAAGAGCGACGCGUACCUUAGUUUCUACGCCGUUUCCGACGCCUACCAGAUUCUGCGGGUUCCCCAGUACAGAAACAACUACCUGGCCUGCGGAGAUGACCCCAAGUUCUUCGCCGCCUUUGAGCCCCGCUUCAUUGAUGCCAUCGACCUCUUCACAUCGCUGUUUGGCCUCCCACAAAUGGAGCCUCUGGUGUGCAACGCCAGUACCAAGAACCUGAGCGCACAGUCUGCUGUGUUCCAGACGGUUACCAAGAUCGAGAAGGAGCUCUACGGCAAGCAGAAGUCCAACACUAAGCUGGUCUUGGUCAAGGACAAGCACGUCAAGAUGCUGCGACGAAUGGGAUGGGAUAAGAACAAGGUGAACGAGAUGCUGAAGGGAAAGAAGAACGCCAACUCCCAAGACGCCCUCCAGGCCUCUGUGUCCUUCUACAACUCUCUGAUUGACGCAGACUUUGCAUCAGACGUAGACUCAGACGACUUCUCUCAGGUAUUCACAUCCAACUUCCAGCAACAACUGGCUCCCUUCAGAGAAUUGCCCUUUGGUGCCGAUUAUUGUAAGGCUCUGGGCUCUGCGUUCGUGACCAUAUCACAGUCAUUCAAGGAAAAGCUCGAACACAGCAGGCUAUCGAGCAUGUUUGGAGGACUGGACACAGACAGCUGGAAGAAACAACACGCUGAACUUGCCAUGCGGCUGGGUGAAGCACGAGACCUGUGCCUUCAUGCUGCGGCUUACUGGAGAGACAAGCAUAUUUCGGGCACCGAUCAGGUGAACCUGUGCUAUGCUGCUUGUGUCUACCAGAUCAUUCUCAACAUUUUUGUGCGAGACGCAGUGAUCAUCGCUCACGACUGUCUUGAGCGAAAGGGCAACCGAAAAGCCAAACUUCAGCGAGCAAAGCGACUCUGGGCUAUUGGUAAUUGGAUGGUUUCUGCCCCCGGUACUCCUGUUCCUUACGAGGACACUUUGCAUGAGGUUGUCACCAUUACUGCGCAGCUUGAAGCUGGCGUGAUUCGACGAAGAACCGAUCCCGAGCAGAAAGCUCUGGAUUACAGCACGGUGAUUGAUACUCGAGGUCUUUGGGAAACCGGUACCGGAAUCGGUGACCCUGGAACUUUUCUUCCCUACUCACCCACCCUUCAUCAAGGAGCUGAUUUCUGA